AUGAUCCAUCACAAGAGGUUUGCCCAAUUAGUGAGGAAGUGGCAACGGAUCAAGGCAGACAUCAGAGACGACGACGCAUGCUGCACUACUUCGCUAUUUGCAGAUAAAGGCCACUGUGCCAUGUACAUGGCAGAUGGCAAGAGUUUCAAGGUUCCAUUGGCGUACCUCGGUACAAUGGUCUUCACUGAGCUGCUGCGAAUGUCCAAGGAGGAGUUUGGGACCACAAAUGAUGGCAGGAUAACACUGCCUUGUGAUGAGGCAGUGGUCAAGUAUGUGAUGUGCUUGCUCAGAAGAAAUGCAUCAGAGGAAGUGGAGAAGGCAUUCCUGAGCUCUGUAGCUAUGCCUUGCCAACAUUCAAGCUAUACAAUGCCACAUGCAGCACUGCAUCAGCAAUUUGCAGUUUGUAGCUCCUGA